AUGAACAUUUACUUAAGCAUAUGGUUAUUUGUAAAAGUAACAAUAAGUUCCCUUGUAUUAUUUUCAAAUAAUUUAGACCACCUUCAAUAUUUUUCCAAAUGAAAAUAUAUUUUUACAGCAAAUGAUUUAUGAAAUUAAUGUUAAUAAUGAGAAAUUUGAUGAACAAAAUAUAAAUGAUUUAAAUAUUGAAUUACUUAAAGAAAUUAAAUUAGAAAACGAAUAGAUUGAUGAAUUAAAUGGGAAUGAAAGACUAUUUAGUUUUCAUUUGGAUAAAAGUGAUGAUAUAGAUAUUAUUUUAUUAAGAAAUAGAAGCAUUAUUGAAUGUUUAUAUCAAUUUAAGAACUAUAUCUAAGACGAUGAUAUAAUAAUGAAGAAAAAAUAUUGUUAAAUCAAGUUAAACAAUUCAGAUUGUUUUUAAUUAUACAAAUUAGAUUAAGAAAUCUAUAUUGUUUAAUGUUAUUUUAAUUAAAAUAAUACAAUAAUUUAAAUUUUAAAUUAAUCACAAAUAUUUGAUCAAAUUGUCAUUCCAAUUGAAUAGUAGUGCUAGUCAGAUUCAAUAUUCUAGAAAAAUACUAUAAUAAUAUUUAAUAAAAAUUGUGUAACAAGUAUUUUUUAUUCAAUUUAAAUAUUUAAUCUAUCAUUUUCAGAUAUAAAAAGAUAUAAUUUAUCAUAGAUAGAAGGAUUUUCUGAAAAUAAUUAAUAAAUUAUUUAAUUAGAAUUUAGUUCUCCAGGUGAUAUAUUUAUAAUUCAAACCAAUUAAGUUAGCGUUUUAUUUGAGAAAAAUAAUUAAAUAUUAUCUGUCUACUAAAAUGAUUAAGCAAAUAUUUUAAAGGUUUAUCCUCAUAAAAGUUCCACUUUAAAAUUUAUAGUUUUAGAAAAUUUGGAAAAAAGUUAAUUAUAUUUGGAACAAAAGUAAUUAAAUUUUAGUAGUGUAAAUUUUAAAAAUGUUUUUAAUAUUAGAAAAUUUAUAUACUUAUUUCAUUUCACAGAUAAGUUAGUUGUUACGAUUUCCUAAUAUUAAAAAGUUUAAUAAAUCAAUACAAAUAACUUAAUUUAAGUUGGUAAAUUACCUUUAUUUGUAGCCAUAUCAAAUUAGUAGAUUAUAUUAAUUAAAUUAAUAUAACCGAAAUCAAUUAUCUCAUAUAAAAAUUCUGAUUCUUUUUUAGCUGUGGUAGUUGAUCCAUAUUAAUUUUCAACUUUUUGGAUUAAUUUAAAACUAUUUGAUCCAAAUAAACCAAUUUAAAACUUUUAUAAAAAGAAAUUUUUUUAUGAAAUAACAACUUUUAAUGAUUAAAUAUGUUUACCAUAUAGUUAAUAUACUAGAAAUCUUCCAAUUAAGAUAAAUAAGAUUAUGGAAAAUGGAAUAAAUUUAAAAUUUUUUAAUGAUUACAAUAAUUAGACUCUCUCUUACUUAAAUGGAAUCCUCCUUUUUAGCAAAGUUCUUAUUCUAUAUAAGAUUAGCUAUGAAAAAGUGCUUAUAGGCUUAAUAUAAGGUAAUAACAUUUUCAAAUUGAUAUUUUAUGUAAAUGGCGAACAAAUAAAAUCAUAUAUAAUUUAAUUGCACGAAAAUAUAAUUGAAAUAUUUUUUCUUAGAAAGAAUAUGCUUUUAAUAAUAAUCUAUUAAAAUUCAAUAGAAAUUUAUCGAAUAAAAUAAGAUGAAAUAAGAAAGAGUAUUCACUAAACCGAAAAAAAGAUACUGAAGGCAAUUAAAUUUAACUUUUUUGUAUUAUAUUUACUUGAAGAUUGUACUAAAGUGUAAAUUUAAUUAUCAUUUGAAAAAUUUAUUUUUGUAGAAGCUGAAUAUUAAUUUGAUUGUAAAAGUUCCUUUUAAUUUUCUAAAGAAGGAAUUUAUAUUGAUACUAAAUAUAUUUAUUACUAUCAUCCUUAUUAGAUUCCUUAAAAAAUAACAUUUAAAGAGCAAAUUAUCUAGAUACAUAAUGUACUUACUGAUUAGCUUCUAAUAUUUACUAGUUACAAUAAUGAAAUAAAUAUAAAAUUGUUUUAAUUCUAUUAAGAAGAACUAUUUUUUCUUUACACACUUCCUACUUACAAUUAUACGGUUUAAUUUCCACUUUAAUACAAAAUUUAAGAAUCAAAUUUAAUAAUCAAAGCUAAAAAGGAUGAUUUAGGUUCCUUUUUAUUGAUUUACGAUUUAAUAAAUACUGCAAUUUAAUCAUUAAUUUAAAUUAAUCAAAUUGAUGAAGUGGAAAAAUUUUCUUUUGAUUUUAUAAAUGAUGAAGAAUAUUUUUUCAUAUAUGAAAAACAAAUUCAUAUUUAAAAUUUAAAUUAACCAUGCUUUUCUUUUUAAAUAUCUAAAGAAAGUUAAGAUUUUAUUGAGGAAAAAAAACUAAUAAUCAAUACUAACUCUUUUAUUAGUAAUGAGAAUAUAGAUUUAAAUUUUCAUUUUGUAAGAUUUAAUACCAAUUAUACUUUAUAAUUAUUAAAUAUAAAUUAACGUAUUCUGACAGGAACUAUUUUUAAUUUUGAAAACAUUUUUGGUAAUAUUGAAAAUGUUGAAAUUAUUGGAUCAGAAAAUAUUUCUAUAUAUUAACCUCUAAUAUUUAAAAAUUAAUCAGCAAUAUGUAGUUAUUAUAGAUUUGGUAUUUGUGUAAAUGGAUAAUCUAUCUUUAGAAAUAUUUUUGAUUCGAACACAUCUUUAUAAUGUUCCUACAAUCUUGGUUUUAUAAUUUAGUAUAUUAACUUUAACAAUGAGAACUGUAACCAUGAAUUUUUUAUAAUCGAUAGCACAUCUUUAGUAAUUUAUGAAUUUAAUUUUUGCAACAACAUUUUAAGACAUGAUAAAAGAAUUCUUAAUUAUUCUAGUGGUAAAGUCUUAAAUAUAUUUUAGAAUUUUCAAAUUUAAAGAUAACAAAUGAUUUACAGAUUGUAGGUUUAUCAAAUGGUUCACUUUUAUUUCAUUACUAAUAUAAGCCCUUUUUAGAUUAAGAUAUUUCCAAUAUUUUUGAAAGAUUCAAUUUUAAUACAUUUGAUGUAAUUAAAAUUAAGAACUCAACAUACACAUUAUUGAAUAUUGGUUUGCAAUAUUUUGAAUUAAAAGUUUUUAAGCUUACUGACAUUGAUGACAGAGUUAUUUAUGAUAUUUUAGUUGAUAAUAAAUAUAAAUCUGAUAGAAUGCUUGAAAAUUUUAAAGUUGAAUUUUUUUAUGAUAGCUUUAUUAAAAUUUAGAUCUAUCAUAUUGAAAACAUAGGUAAUCAAUAUCAAAUUAAAUUUAUUAUGGUAUCAAAAGACUAAAUAGCAGUGCUAAUGUAAAUUGUAUUAGACUUGAAUGAUUUAAAUAAGAUCAUAUUUGAGUAAUUAGGAAUAAUUCGAUAUGAAUAUAAAGCAAAUUUCAAAAAGUUACUUUUUAUUGAUAUCAAUUUUGCGAUCUUGUGUUUUUAAUAAAAUUAAGUUAGUUUUAUUAAUGUAUUUGAUAUUAGCAAUUUAAGAAAAAAUAGAAAUAUUGAUAGUAUUUAAAAAGUGGAGGAUAAUAAUUAUACUUUUAUUGAAAGAUACAAUGAAUCUCAUUUUAUAUUAGUUGAAAAAUUCAGUAGUUUAGAUUUGAAAGUUCAUCUAAUUACGCUUGAUAAAUUUAGAAUUGAAUGUUAAGGAUAAUGCACUUAACCUUCAUAUCUAAAAUUAAGUAAUCAAGUAUCAUAAAUUUUGAUUGAAUUAAAUUUUGAAAAUGAAAAAGAGAUUCAUAAAAACUUUGUUUAAUUCAUAAUGGUUGUUUUUACUUUUAUUUGUAUAUUCAUUAAAUUAUUAUUAUCUAAAAAAGAGUAAAAAAAAAGGAGAAAAGAAUUUUUUAAUAUUGAAAAUAAUUAUAAUUGA